UCUCUCUCUCUCCUUCUUUCUUUCCGUUCAGAGCAGAAAUGCAGCAGAGCUUGAUCUGACUUGUCCUGCCUGCUGGAAGUGUUUUCUCGCUGCUCUGUGAACUCUGUUGGAUCUCCACGCUGUGAUAUGGCCAUUUCUAUUUCUGUGCAGUGUCUGGGGCUCAUCACACUGGCUGCGAUCCUCCUGCAGACCAUCGCGGUUGCGGUCAGUUUCAUGUACUUCAACAAGGUCCUGAGCACGAUGCAGCAGAGCUUUUCCCGGAGCAGCGUCUCCUGCCUCAUAAACACAAAUCUGCACUCAGAAUUUGAGGAUCCGGCAUCCGAGGACAAGAAGAGCGACCCCUGCUGGCAGGUCACGCAGCAGCUCCACCACCACAUAGAGAAGAAGAUUGCUGACAGAUUCCAGAAGGAGAUAUCUACUGCCAUGAGAAAUAAGCUGGCAGGAAUGCUGCCUGUCUUGAGCCCUUCGAUGCGAGGGGUCCCGCUUCCCAAGGUUGCCGCACAUGUGACCGGUGUGGUCUCGUCCCAGGAGCCUCCAGCAGCAGAGAGCUCGCGGAGCAGCAGGGGUUACCUGGGGGAGCGUAUCAGAGCGUGGGAGGGCCAGAGAGGUCUGUCCUUCCUGCAGAACAUGGAGCUGAGGGAAGGAGAGCUGCUGGUGCCCAGAGCAGGACUCUACUACAUCUACGCCCAGACCUACUUCAGACUCCCCUCCACGGGGGAGACGGAGGGGGACGCAAAGGAGGAGGAAGGAACUGAGCUUGUCCAGUACAUCUACAAGAAGAUGAGCUCCUACACGGUUCCCAUCUUGCUGAUGAAAUCUUCCCGAAGUGCCUGCUGGCCGCGGGGUCAGGAGCCUGGACUCUUCUCUCUGCAUCAGGCUGGAACCACCUUUCUACAGCCUGCAGACCGCCUCUUCAUCACCGUUAGCAACGCCAGCACCAUGGAGAUGGAUGGGAGGGCGAGCUACUUUGGGGCUUUCUUGGUGGGAUAAAGGGGGCAUCCUGGAAAGACAUGAAGUGGACCCAAAUGUCAGGCGUUUGCUUGAUAAGAUGAGUGGGUGUCUGAAGGUACAAGAAGAAAGAAGGAGUGAGGAAAGCAAAAAGGAAUUCUUCUGGACCAUGGAGCUGCAGUUGUACACGCCGAGUGGCCAAAAUAGCGAGGAAGAGGAGCCAUUUGGUGGUCCAGCAGUGGCCUAAUAACUGACUGCGGUUCAAACCCACACAGGAAAUUAAUUCCGUUUUUGAGGCCGUUUAACAGAAUGCACUGAAUGACAGCAAACGUGGAUUAUAUGGAGCACUCAGAUCAUUUGGAGCUGCACAACAGAUGCAGAUUAAAUGUUGCCGCCUUCUAUUCAAGUGUCUGUUUUGCCUGCAGGUGAAACAGUCAACAGCUGAGUUGUCAUACCCAGGAAGUGCCAGAAGUGUUGGACACAUGACACUGCUUUUAUCAAAAAUAUGUACAAGAGAUGCCACAGGACAAGAUCUUGCGUGUUCAGGAUUAUGAAUGAAGCUUGUUGUUGUUUACAGUA